GACCCGUCUCACAAGGCGACGAGUGGUUGGAACCUUCCCUCGCCUUCCCCUUCCCCUUCCCCUCCCAGGAUAGGCUGGGACCCGGCACCGGAGCUAUCCCGUGGCCGCUGCGGCCUCAGCUCCAGCCGGGCCGGGGUACGGAGAGUCCAGACCGCUUCCAGGGCGAGUGCUCCUGAUUGUGACAUCACAUCCAUCCCCUUGGCGAUGGAGCUUGUCACUAGGAAGGAAGACUCAGUCGGACAAUAGCCAACAAGAUGGGUUACUGGGAGCGUCUCCUGAGUGGCACUGAGUGGAGGCCUCAGGGGGUUGGAGCCUUGUGAACAGGGAACCUACCCCCCAACACUUGGAAGGACCUGGGUUUCAGUGAUGAGACAUGGGGUAUGAUGUAACCCGUUUCCAGGGGGAUGUUGACGAAGACCUUAUCUGUCCUAUUUGCAGUGGAGUCUUGGAGGAGCCAGUCCAGGCACCUCAUUGUGAGCAUGCUUUCUGCAACGCCUGCAUCACCCAGUGGUUCUCUCAGCAGCAGACGUGUCCGGUGGACCGUAGCGUUGUGACGGUCGCUCACCUGCGCCCAGUACCUCGGAUCAUGCGGAACAUGUUGUCAAAGCUGCAGAUCGCCUGCGACAACGCUGUGUUUGGCUGUAGUGCUGUUGUCCGGCUUGACAACCUCAUGUCUCACCUCAGCGACUGCGAGCACAACCCCAAACGGCCUGUGACCUGUGAGCAGGGCUGCGGCCUGGAGAUGCCCAAAGAUGAGCUGCCAAACCACAACUGCAUUAAGCACCUGCGCUCCGUGGUGCAGCAGCAGCAGACCCGCAUUGCAGAGCUGGAGAAGACCUCCGCUGAGCACAAACACCAGCUGGCAGAGCAGAAGCGAGAUAUCCAGCUGCUAAAGGCCUACAUGCGUGCAAUCCGCAGUGUCAACCCCAACCUUCAGAACCUGGAGGAGACAAUUGAAUACAACGAGAUCCUAGAGUGGGUGAACUCCCUGCAGCCCGCAAGAGUGACCCGCUGGGGAGGGAUGAUCUCAACCCCAGAUGCUGUACUCCAGGCUGUAAUCAAGCGCUCCCUGGUGGAGAGUGGCUGUCCUGCCUCUAUUGUCAACGAGCUGAUUGAAAAUGCCCACGAGCGGAGCUGGCCCCAGGGUCUGGCCACCCUAGAGACAAGACAGAUGAACCGACGCUACUAUGAGAACUACGUGGCCAAGCGCAUCCCUGGCAAGCAGGCUGUGGUCGUGAUGGCCUGUGAGAACCAGCACAUGGGCGAUGACAUGGUGCAGGAGCCAGGGCUUGUCAUGAUCUUUGCGCAUGGCGUGGAAGAGAUAUAGGAGCUCUCGAUGGGCUAGCAGGAAGAGAUGGCGACCAGAAAACCCAUCACUCCAGCAGCUGGCUCCCGAGUCCUCCCUACUAUCCACAGAACCGUGCCCUACACGUGGGCCGCACGUUUCCCUACACUUCUGGCACUGAAGGGCCCAGGGCACUUUGCUCAGCCUUUCAGGUGGGAAACCCAGAUUCCUUCCUUUUGCCUAAUUUCUUCCCCUAAGAUGUCUGUAAAUUUUCAGUCAGUUUGGGAAAAGUCCCCCACCUCUAUAUCUGUUCUCCUGCCUAGGGUCCCUGGUUCUAAAUAUUUUUAGAAAGCACAAAGAACUCAUUUUCUCUAGAGGAUCAGGGCGGAGUGAGGACUAUCUGAUCGUUCCCCUCCUCCAAAACCAGGGAAUCAGAGCAGGCAGGCCUUUUGACACUAAACAACAUGCGAGGGCAGCUCUGGGGAGCAGACAUCCUGAAGAAAUGGUAAGGGUGGGAUCAAAACCCUAGAAAUAAGCAAUGAGGCCAGGAACUGAUGGCCCUUAGGGGAAGACAGGACCUCUGUGCCAAGCAAUACCCUGUCCAGCCCACCUCCCGGGUGCAGGUUCCUGCUGCUGCUGCAGGUGUGCAGGCUGGGAUGCCGGAAUUUUCCAGAUGAGUUCUGCUUUCCGACAUUUUCUCAUAGUUAGGGAAUGACAGGGUUGGGGGUAGGGGAUUAGUCUGUUGGGGUGGAUGUGCUCAGCAAGAAGCAGCUCUCUGGCUUUUGCUGAUAAUCAGGUAGGCACUGCCUCUGGCAUGGGCCGUAAUAGUUCCAUAGACCCCUCUCCAACCCUGUGAUUGUAACUAGUUAUUUUGAUAACUUCCUUUGGCCAUUGUUUGUAUUUCCUUCCCCCCCACUUUUUUUUUUUUUUUUAGAAUUGCCUGGUUAUGGCUACCCCACUUUUCCAGCCCAGCCACAUUGUUGGCAAUCUAAUUUAUUUACUUUUUUUUUUUUAAGAAAGGAAAAAGAAAAAAAAAUUAACAAAG